AUGACGAACAAGGAUGAACAAGUGGAAUUAGCGAAAUUAGCCGAACAAGCCGAACGAUAUACUGAUAUGGUGGCUGCCAUGAAAAGGGUCGCUGAAUCAAAUUGUGAAUUGACCGAUGAAGAACGCAAUUUACUCUCGGUUGCCUACAAGAAUGUGGUCGGCGCUCAUCGAUCACCUUGGCGAGUUAUUUCAACCAUUGAACAGAGAGCCGAAAGCUCCGAACGUAAGCGACAAAUGGCCAAAGAAUAUCGAGAAAAGAUCGAAAGCGAAUUGAAAGACACGUGUCAUGACCUUUUAACCUUACUUGAUAAAUAUCUCAUUCCGAAAACAACAACAACCGAAUCGAAGGUAUUCUAUUUGAAGAUGAAAGGUGACUAUUAUCGAUAUUUGGCUGAAAUAGCCAGCGGAGUCGAACGACAAAAAAUGGCUGAAGAAUCGCAACAUGCAUACAAGGAUGGAUUCGAUGUGGCGAAGAAUCAAAUGCCAGUAACGCAUCCGAUUCGACUUGGUCUUGUUCUAAAUUUCUCUGUCUUUCAUUACGAAAUUCUUAAUGAACCGGAUGUAGCUUGUCGUUUAGCCAAACAGGCCUUUGACGAUGCUUUGGCCGAGAUAGAUUCCAUCAAUGAACAAUCUUAUAGAGAAUCAUUAUUGAUGAAGGCUUACGAAACAGAAGUCAAUAAAACAGCACAUUCGGUAGCAUUACUUGUUUUUGCUGAUGGUUUCCCAUGA